AAACGGUCACCUGUUCCUCCCUCUCCGAUUCCAUUCUCCUCCUCUAGGUUAGGGUUUCCUCUCUCUUUCUCAGUUGAAUUGGUCGUCCAUGGACGAUCCCACGGUGAGCAGUCAUCGACAACAGCUGCAAUCAGCUUCGGGGACUCCACAACUGAAUCUCUUUCCGAGAAUGUCAGAGUCUUCUCUUCAUCUCGAGAAUCUACCGUCAUCCCGUAGCAGUCAUGUAAACCGUAUGAUCAACUCCGGCUACAGUCCGUCACCGUCGCGAACUAUCUACUCUGAUAGGUUUAUCCCCAGUAGAUCCGGUUCCAAUUUUGCGCUUUUUGAUAUCUCUAAUUCUCCCGCGUCGUCGGAGGGGAAAGAGGAUGGGUCUGGAACUUAUAAGAGUCUGUUGCGCGCCGCACUUUUCGGUCCAGACACUCCCCAGAAGAAGGACACUUUGAGCAUGCCGCCGUCUCGGAAUAUUUUCCGGUACAAGACCGAGACUAGGAAGUCACUGCACUCGAUUUCACCUUUUGGGUUUGAUGAGGGGGUGCCUGGGGUUAGCCACACUCCGGUCAAGGCUCCGAGGAAGGUGCCUAGGUCGCCUUACAAGGUUUUGGACGCACCUGCAUUGCAAGAUGAUUUUUAUUUGAAUCUGGUGGAUUGGUCUUCGUCUAAUGUGCUGGCUGUGGGGUUGGAGAAUUGUGUUUAUUUGUGGAAUGCCUGUAGCAGCAAGGUAACAAAGUUGUGUGAUUUGGGAGUUGAUGACAGUGUUUGUUCAGUGGGUUGGGCUCACCGUGGAACAAAUCUUGCAGUUGGGACUAACAAUGGAAAAGUUCAGAUUUGGGAUGCAUCUUGCUGUAAGAGGCUAAGAACAAUGGAAGGCCAUCGUUUUCGUGUUGGGGCCUUAGCUUGGAGUUCUUCCUUUUUGUCUAGUGGUAGCCGUGACAAAAGUAUUCUGCAAAGAGAUAUUCGUGCUCCAGAAGAUUUUGCUAGUAAACUCUCAGGACACAAGUCAGAGGUUUGUGGCCUGAAAUGGUCUUAUGAUAACCGUGAACUAGCAUCGGGUGGAAACGAUAAUAGACUUUUUGUUUGGAAUCAGCAUUCUACUCAACCUGUCUUGAAAUAUUACGAGCAUACAGCAGCAGUAAAGGCAAUUGCAUGGUCUCCCCAUCUUCAUGGACUUCUUGCAUCUGGAGGCGGCACAGCAGACUGUUGUAUUCGAUUCUGGAAUACAACCACUAAUACGCACUUGAGUUGCAUGGACACUGGCAGUCAGGUAUGUAAUCUUGUGUGGUCUAAGAACAUCAACGAACUUGUCAGCACUCAUGGAUACUCCCAAAACCAGAUAAUAGUCUGGAGAUAUCCUACCAUGUCAAAGUUGGCAACUCUAACGGGCCAUACAUACAGAGUUCUUUAUCUUGCAAUUUCACCGGAUGGACAGACAAUUGUCACUGGAGCCGGGGAUGAAACACUAAGGUUUUGGAACGUGUUCCCUUCCCCUAAAUCUAAGAACACCAACAGCGAGAUCGGAGCAUCAUCUUUUGGAAGAACAAUCAUUCGGUGAUCUUUAUCUGGUCCUACCUUCAUUUUGAAGCAUGGGUGCAACAUAGUUCAGAGCAUUCUCGUGCUCAAUCGACCCACAGACACUGAGAAAUUCAUUUCAAGAGCAGAACUCAUCUCCAAGUUCUUGCAUCUCGGGGGGGUUAUCAACUGUAUAACACCUGUUCGUAACAGCUCCCUUAAGUUGUAUAUUUAGGAUGGGGGAUGCGGACUGGACGAGAACUUC